AUGGCCAAACGUUUGAAGUUUAGAAUAUGCCGUGUCUUUCAGUCUUGCCGAUCCAAAGACCCAUCUGUACUACCCUCCAACCCAGUCCCUUGCCUCCUCCCAGUCACACCCACUAAACCUCAUCGCUCCUCGCUCCGCAGCCACGUAUCGUCUGCCUUUGAAUCUGUUGGCUGUGGCUUCCGACCAAGACCCACCCUCUCCGAAGCCGAUGAACGCCGCAACGAACCCCAGGACUUCCGAUGGGAACAACAAGACAAAUGGCACGUCGUCGCCAAGGUAUGCGCCCCAGACAACAAUACCACAUCUCGCCGCAAAAUCUACAGCUCCUCAGUCUCCGGUGCCUCCGAUGACGACGACGACGACAUCUUGCCUCUCCCACCGCCACGUCGUGCGAGGAAGAAGAAAGGACGGGUUAAGAAGAAGAAAACGACACCGAGGUUUCGGGUGAGCACCUCCUCCGCUGACAGCUGUGGCUUGUUUAGCAGCGAUGGCCACAACGAUAUGGACGAAGAAGAGACGGAAACCCUAGUUUCGUCUUCUAGAAGCUUCUCCACAGACUCUUCUUCCGUCGAGUUGAACUCUCACUUGGGGAGUAUUUGCGAGACGGCAAAUCAGCACCAGGGAGUCAAGAAGACGAAGCCAAAAUCAACGAAGAAGAAGAAGAAAAAGUGUAAGAAAAAGAAAGAUGGAAGAGCAAGCUUUUCAUCGUCGCCGGCGAGGGUGUCGAUGCUAUUGCGGCUGAUACCGUGCAGCGUGGAGGGGAAGGUGAGGGAGAGCUUUGCAGUGGUGAAGAGAUCGGAGGAUCCUUACGAGGAUUUCAGGAGGUCGAUGAUGGAGAUGGUUUUGGAGAAGCAGAUUUUUGAGGAGGCGGAUUUGGAGCAACUCUUACAUUGUUUCUUGUCUCUUAAUUCCAGCGAACAUCAUGGGGUUAUUGUCCAGGUUUUCGCUGAGAUCUGGCAGGCUUUGUUCACUUCUGCACCAACAACAUUUAGAGAAUGAAAUACUUGCAUGUUUUUAAGUAGUAUUCUAAGUUUCAUUAUCAUUUUAUCAAUGUACCUUCUCAUCUAAGGAUGAGACGGAUCAAAGGUAGGAGUACUCUAACUUUUGGUGAAGUU